CGAACACUCUUGACUCCAAACUCGAUUUAACUCGCGGAAUCACACGCGUCACGUGUGUGAUGAACGCGUCGGUUGAACAACCAACCAUACAGAACUCAAAUGAAGCUCACCCGUGCAUGCAUGCAAGCUUCUCAUUGUGAUUGCAUGUCGCUCUUGCAAUCUCGGACCUUUCAGGCCUCAUCAUUCACGACUGACAAGCUUCCGCGCUCAUCACAGCAUCCGCACCUGUUGGGUGUACUGCGCGCUGCGUUGCCGCCACAAUGUCCACCGCAGCCGAGGGAAGCUCUCGUCAUGCAGGCACAGCUGUUGGCAGCAACCCGCUCCGAUCGCCAACGCGAACAGCAGCUACACGCAGUUCAGCAGCUCGUCAAUCGACAGGCGGACGCUCGAGUGCGGGCGGAGCGAAUGUGGGCAGCGCAGUUCCCAGCCCUUCUCUGCAUUCCAGACAGCGACAGAGCUUGUUUGGAGAGAGCGAUAGGGUGGUGCUGGAUAUCGGCUUGUCCAUCGCUAGGUACGGCUUUGAGGGCGAAUCCAGACCCCGCGGCUUGCUCAGCACAUCGCAGUACAGCCUAUGGACUCCAGACUUUUGGAAAGGAUGCAAAGACGAGAGGGCGAGAAGAAGCAGAGAAUUAGACUUGCUCGUCAACAUCACCAAGCUCCUCAGGGUCAUCUUUCACGACCUACUGCUCGUCGAUCCGCGAGGCAGGAGGAUCGUUCUGGUGGAGAAUGCCCUCUUGCCUGAUUAUGCUGCUCGCACGCUGUGCAAAGUGCUGUUCAGCAAUCUCCAAGUCGCGAAUGUCGCCCUCUUGCCCGCUCCGCUCAUCAGCUUGCUGGCAGUCGGUCGCAUGACAGGUCUGGUGCUGGACGUGGGCACGCACCAUAGCCGACUCACUACAGUGUACUACGGUCGAUUGUUGUCAUCCAGACCAGACAUACUCGUCACGCGGCGAGGCUCUGUAAGGCUAAAAGCGAGGCUUAAGAACUUGCUAGUGUACUUUGGAAGGUAUGUUGCCGCCACGCCCAGCACCGCCAGCAGGAAGCAGCGGACGUCAAAGAUCAAGACAGAGUUGCUAGAUGAUGCCUUCUUGGAUGACAUCAUCGCCAAGGCGAUCUUUGUUGCGCAGAAGCCUAUCGAGGACGUCGAGGAGCAGCGCCGCAGUGAGAUCGCAGAUGUAGACACUUCGGACCAAGCCAGGCCCGCCGCAGCUACUCCCGCGCAGUCCACAUUUGCUCUCACGCCGACGUCUGGCCCUCAAGCAUCCUCUUCGGCCUUGGAUAUCGAAGACGGAGCUUACGAUGAGAGCAAAGACGAGGCGUUGAUGCGUCAGCUGCAAUCCCGCUACGCACACACGUCCAGAGCAACUUCGCUCAUCCUGCCCGUGCCUUCUCGAGAAUUGUCCGACCCUCACGCGCCAGUCUUGCAUAACAGCACGACGAGCUCUGCCUCGCAACAGCAGCAGAACCAGGCCAGUGGAGUCAUUGUCGUGCCCAAUUGGAUCAGAGAGCGCGCAGUGGACGUCCUCUUUGAGCCUGGUGAUGACGACGAGAAGAGUUUGCCCGAAAUGAUCUGUGAUGCUUUGAUCAAUCUGCCCAUCGACAUGAGGAUACCGCUCGCGAAGCAAAUGCUGGUCACUGGUGGCGUUGCUACCAUGGCUGGCUUUGCACACAGGCUCAAGGAAGAAGUGACGCGUCUGCUGGACAAUUGCACCAUCGAUCAGCCUCACUCCGUCGCACUCACAGUGCCUCGCGUUGGAGCAUGGUCCGGCAAAUCCGAAAAGAGUGCUCGCAAGGCAUCUCGAGCCUUAGCUGACAAGGACCUCAAUAAAGCUCAAGUCGGCGCAGGAGGGAUGGAUGAUCAAGACACUCGAGGAAAGGAUACCACGGAGCGCAAAGCCCCACCGAGGGAAAUCAUGCGAUACGCUCCUAUAGCUCAUCUGUGGCAACACGUCUCGCUGAUGAACGACCACAUGCCCUACAUUCAUUCCAACGGUCAAGCACAAGGUGGGGAUGCCCCAGCAUUCGCCCCAAAUGUCGUCGCUUGGGUAGGUGCCAGCUUAGCAGGUAGCAUUCGCACCACCUCCCUCUCCGAAAGGACGAAGGAGGCGUGGGAGGAAGCUGAAGCGCAGGAGCGGGAAAGGCUGAACAGGGUGGGCGCGAACGACGAUGCGGCUGGUGCUAGACCAUUGUUUGGAUCGGGAAGGGGAAGCUUCGUCGGUGUCGUUGGCGGCAUUCAUACUGGCGCUUGGGGCGCGCUCUCAGCGCACCUCAGAACCGGUCCCAGAUCACCCGCUCCCAAUCCCACCGCCAGGUAACCCCGCACAUGCGCCUCUCUCCAUCAUCCUACAUACGCUCAUAUCACUCAAAAGCUGGUCGCAAUUUGUGGAGCGAUUUCUGCAUCACAGGCACGUGCUGAGCAUUGCAUUCGGUGACU